AUGCCAGCUGAGGGGACAGGAGUCAGGUUUUACCUCCUGCUGUUCCUCUCUGUGGCCACCAGAGGGCCGCGUGCAGCAGGGACGCUUUCUGUUGAGAAGUUCCGGAAGGAGGAAACCUGUGCUCCUUACCUGUCUUUCCUUCCAAGAAGCUGCAAGGAAAUCAAAGAAAGAUGUCGUAAAGCAGGUGAUGGCCUGUAUCAACUCCGCACUGAGAAUGGUGUCAUCUACCAGACCUUCUGUGACAUGACCUCUGGGGGUGGCGGCUGGACCCUGGUGGCCAGCGUCCAUGAGAACAACAUGCAUGGGAAAUGCACGGUGGGCGAUCGCUGGUCCAGUCAGCAGGGCAACAGGGCUGACUACCCAGAGGGGGACGGCAACUGGGCCAAUUACAACACAUUUGGGUCUGCAGAGGCCGCCACCAGCGAUGACUACAAGAACCCUGGCUACUACGACAUUCAAGCUUGCGACCUGGGCAUUUGGCACGUGCCCAACAAGUCCCCCCUGAAGCACUGGAGGAAGAGCUCCCUGCUGAGGUACCACACCAACACGGGCUUCUUCCGGAGACUGGGGCAUAAUCUGUUUGGACUCUACCAGAAAUACCCAGUGAAAUACGGAGCAGGGAAGUGCUGGACUGACAAUGGCCCAGCCAUUCCUGUUGACUAUGACUUUGGUGAUGCUAAGAAAACUGCAUCUUAUUAUUCACCGAAUAGUCAGCGAGAAUUUGUUGCAGGAUUUGUCCAGUUCAGGGUGUUUAAUAACGAGAGAGCAGCUCAUGCCCUGUGUGCUGGGGUGAGAGUCACUGGCUGCAACACUGAGCAUCACUGCAUCGGUGGAGGAGGAUUCUUCCCAGAGGGCAAUCCCUCGCAGUGUGGGGAUUUCUCUGCCUUUGACUGGGAUGGAUACGGCACUCACCGGGGUUACAGCUCCAGCCGGGAGAUCACUGAGGCAGCUGUGCUCCUCUUCUACCGCUGA